AUGAAGGCGCUGCUCCUGCUCGGCUGCUUCUUGGCCUCGCUGCUGCUUUCAGGACAAGCAGAACUGCAAGUCUCUGCCUCGGGUGGCACAGAAGAUGUUGGCAGUUUGUUGGAGAAUCAUUUCUCUGCUGGAGACGCGAGUCUAGAGGAGAAAGAAAGGGCGCUUUUUGCAGAUGCGGCCCCUGGAGACAAGAACCUACUCCUCCACUACCCAGACGGCAGGGAGGCUGAGAGCUUGGAGCAGACCCCUGCAGGGGCCCCUUCCACUGCCAACGGCCAGGGCUCCGAACCUGAAGCUAGCCUGUCCAAUACCUCAGCUGCAGAGUCAGCUCCACCCGGGGAUGCAGAAGGGCCUGGGGAGGAAGAGGAGGGCCCACCAGCAGCAGGAACCCUUCCUCCAGGAGGGGUUGAGGGGCCAGAAGAAGAGAGGCCAGAGUUCAGUUCUGGAGGGGAACCAGGACAGGAGGUUGCAGGGCCGGGGCUCCCCACAGAGGGGGCUGCCAGUAUGGAGGCAGAAGUACAAGAAGCUAGUAGUGAGGUCCCUGAGGAAUUCCAGGGAAUCUUAGGAGAUAGCCCCAUAACAGAAGCAGCAACAGGGACAGGAGAGUCUGUAGCUGCCCAGGUCUCUCUUAGCACAGAGGGUGAAGAGGUCCGUACAGUGAAGGCAGAAGGUGAGGGCACCACAGGGUCUGAUCACCAAUCCGCAGAGCCAGAUGGAGCUCAGGAUGCUACAGCUGCUGGAGAGGAACCAGAGGCUGAUGUGGCUGCACAAGCCAGGGAGGCGGCAGAGGACCAGCCCCAGGACCACUCCCUGCAGCCAGAGGAUGAAGCCAUCACAGGGCCCGAUCACCAGCCCACAGACCCACAUGCAGUCUCUGGCACUGCGUCUCCUAGAGUGGAGGCGGAAGAAGCUGCAGAAGAAUCAAAGGCUGAGGGGGAUACAGAAGCUAGGGAGAAGGCUGAGGACCAGGGGGAGCCUAGACCUAGCCAGGAAUCUGGCUCGGCUAUAGAGGCCAGUGAAAAGUCUGAGGACACCCAGAGUUCCGAGGCCAGGGAGAAAGAGGAGAACUACCCUCUUGAGGGCCAGGUGUCAGGGAUGCCAGAGGAGGGCCAGGCUGAGGCCUCCUCUGAAGAAGAGGGUGGUGAAGAAGGUGAAAGUGAGGAAGGAGGAGUUCCAUCUGAAGAAGAGUCUGGAGAAGACAGUGGAGAUGGAGCUAGCUCAGAAGAAACGGGGGACAUCUCUGGGGAGGCCGGAGAGCCCCUGAUAGCACCAGGAACCACAAGUCAAGAGGAGGAAGCGGCCUGGCUUGAUGUAGAAGAUCUGAACCCAGAGUCUGAGGGCGGCAAGACCCAGGACACAGAGGCAGAGGCAUCUGAAGAGAGACAGCAGGGGAGAGGGGAUCCUGUAAUUACUCAUCAGGAAGAGCCGGAGGAUGUGAGUGAAGAGGCUCCCAUGAGGGACCGCUCCCACAUUGAGAAAACCCUGAUGCUCAAUGAGGACAAGCCUGCCGAUGAUUACUCAGCGGUGCUGCAGCGGCUUCGGAAGAUCUAUCAUACAUCCAUCAAGCCCCUGGAACAGUCUUACAAGUACAAUGAGCUUCGACAGCAUGAGAUCACAGAUGGGGAGAUCACCUCCAAGCCAAUGGUGCUGUUCCUGGGGCCGUGGAGUGUUGGCAAAUCCACCAUGAUAAACUACCUCCUGGGGUUAGAGGAUACUCGCUACCAGCUUUAUACAGGUGCGGAACCUACCACCUCCGAGUUCACUGUCCUUAUGCAUGGGCCCAAACUGAAAACCAUUGAGGGUAUCGUCAUGGCUGCUGACAGUGCCCGAUCCUUCUCGCCCCUGGAAAAGUUUGGUCAGAAUUUCCUGGAGAAGCUGAUUGGCAUCGAGGUUCCCCACAAACUUCUAGAAAGAGUCACUUUUGUGGAUACACCAGGCAUCAUUGAGAACCGCAAGCAACAGGAAAGAGGCUACCCCUUCAACGACGUGUGUCAGUGGUUCAUCGACAGAGCUGACCUCAUCUUUGUUGUCUUUGACCCCACCAAGCUGGACGUGGGUCUGGAGCUGGAGAUGCUCUUCCGCCAACUAAAGGGCCGUGAAUCCCAGAUCAGGAUCAUUCUGAACAAGGCUGACAACCUGGCCACGCAAAUGCUCAUGCGGGUGUAUGGUGCUCUCUUCUGGAGCCUGGCCCCUCUCAUCAAUGUCACGGAGCCUCCACGGGUUUACGUCAGCUCCUUCUGGCCACAGGACUAUAAGCCUGACACCCACCGGGAGCUGUUCCUCAAAGAAGAGAUCUCUCUCCUGGAAGACCUGAACCAGGUGAUUGAGAACAGGCUAGAGAACAAGAUCGCCUUUAUUCGCCAGCAUGCCAUCCGAGUCCGCAUUCACGCCCUUUUAGUUGACCGCUACCUGCAGACUUACAAGGACAAAAUGACCUUCUUCAGUGAUGGGGAACUAGUCUUUAAGGACAUUGUGGAAGAUCCUGAUAAAUUCUACAUUUUCAAGACCAUCCUGGCAAAGACCAACGUCAGCAAGUUUGACCUUCCCAACCGUGAGGCCUAUAAGGACUUCUUUGGCAUCAACCCCAUUUCCAAUUUCAAGCUUCUCUCUCAGCAGUGCUCUUACAUGGGGGGUUGCUUCCUGGAGAAGAUUGAACGGGCCAUCACCCAGGAGCUCCCCAGCCUUCUGGGGAGCCUUGGGCUUGGGAAGAACCCCGGUGCUCCUGACUGUGACAAAACAGGCUGUGGCGAGACCCCAAAGAAUCGCUACAAGAAGCACUAGUUUGUGCGUAGCCACCCUUGGGUCCCCAUUGGUGAAUAAGCUUGUGUCCUGUCUGAGAAGUCCUGGUUUGUUAA